AUGACUGAAGAAAGAAUGGAGCAGGUUCGUAUACAACUAGGAUUUGAUGGUAAAUUCAGCGUGGACCGUGUUGGUCUCGGAGGAGGUAUUGCUUUGUUUUGGAGGGAUAAGACAGUGGCGUCCUUACUGAGUUACUCCAUUAAUCAUAUAGAUAUGGAGAUUUCUCUUCCAGGGCGGCCGAAAUGGAGGCUUAUGGGAUUUUACGGGGAACCGGACAGAACGAGGAGGCAGUUUACAUGGGAUCUCUUGCGUAAGCUUAGGGACGACUCUCGGCUUCCGUGGGUUGUCGCCGGAGACUUCAACGAUAUUGCAUGCCUUUCAGAAAAACGGGGAAUCCAUCCGCACCCUUCGACACUCAUUGAAGGCUUCAACGACGCCUUGAAUGACUGUGGUCUCAUUGAUUUGGGUAUGGUAGGGGGUCGGUUCACCUGGGUGAAAGGCCGGGGUACUGAUGCUUGGGUGGAAGAACGGCUAGACAGAGCCGUGGCUACGGUGGACUGGAUGGAGUUGCACGAAGAGGCUGUGGUUCGGAAUAUCUAUACAGACUCUUCUGAUCAUUGUGCCAUUCUAGUUGAUUUACACGACAGACCUGUACGGGCGGCACUUCGCACCUUCAGGUUCGAAUCAGCAUGGUUAUUAGAGGUCGGGUGUGCUACAGUUGUCGAGGAAGCGUGGCGUAUAUCUAUUGGCAUGAGCUUUCCAGAACGAAUAAAAAUUUGCGGUAACCGCCUUUGGCAAUGGGGCGGGGAAUACCACAGGCAGUUUGGCAUUCGGAGCAAGGCUUUACGGCAGACCCUUGCUAAUUUGAAGGAGAACCGUGCGCCACAUGCGGUGGCUACUUUCUUGGCGGCAGAAAAGGAGUUAGGAGCUAUCAUGCGUGCAAAAGAAAUAUUUUGGAAACAGCGUUCCAAACAACUCUGGUUGAAACACGGUGAUACCAACACGAAAUACUUCCACAAAUCGGCUACGGCUCGGUGCAAACAAAAUUUUCUUGCUCGAAUUAAAGACCACAAUGACAGCUGGACCGAGGGUACGGCUAUGAACGCAGCAAUAAUAAGGUAUUUCGAACAUAUUUUUACUUUUGGUACUUGUGGUGCAAAUUUGUUUGACCGGGUACAUGAGCGGGUGACAACGGAGAUGAAAAUCUCCAUGUCACAACCCUUCACGAUGGGGGAUGUUAAGACGGCCCUGUUUGAUAUGAAGCCAGAUAAGGCUCCGGGCCCGGACAGUAUGUCACCGGCCUUUUUUCAGCACUUCUGGCCGGUGCUUGGGCAUGAUCUAUCCAUGUUUAUCCUGAACUGUGUGGAAAAUAAACACUUCCCACCGGGAUUGAAUGUUUCAAACAUCGUCCUAAUUCCCAAAAAAUCUGUGCCGGAAAGAGUACCGGAUUUAUGUCUUAUAGCGCUCUGCAAUGUGAUUUACAAAAUUCUUGCUAAAAUGCUUGCAAAUAGGUUAAAAGACUGUUUAGCUCAGGUGGUUUCCCAAUCACAGAGUGCGUUCGUCCCUAACCGGCUACUCACUGACAAUAUUGUUGUGGCUGGGGAAAUAGGGCACUACUUACAUAGAAAGACUAUGGGCACUCAGGGAUGGGCUGCCCUUAAACUUGAUAUGGCCAAGGCCUACGAUAGAAUGGAAUGGCCGUUCUUAGAGGGUAUGUUGAAGGCUUUGGGGUUUGAGAGGGACUGGGUGGAUUUAUUAAUGCUGUGCAUCAAUUCUGUGAGCUAUUCUAUCUUGGUCAAUGGGGAGGGAGUGGGGCAGGUCCAGCCUACCCGGGGAAUUCGCCAAGGCGACCCUCUGUCCCCUUAUUUGGCAAAUGAACGGGAAGCCAGUAAAAUUAAAGAAUGCUUAGACACUUACAGUCUGGCCUCAGGACAGCUCAUCAAUUAUGAGAAAUCCAGUGCAAUUUACAGCUUUAAUACAUCCCCAGCUAUCCGUUCUGUGGUCUCCGGGCUCAUAGGGGUACCUGAAGCGGCGGACUUGGGGCGUUAUCUGGGCCUCCCGUCGAUGCUGGGGCGUAAUAAAACGGAAGUCUUCCGUUACAUUGAAGGCAACAUCCGUUCUAGAAUUGGGGCGUGGCAGAACAAGCUUCUCUCUCGUGCCGGAAAGGAGGUUUUACUUAAGAGCAUAGCACAAGCUUUACCGAUUUUCACCAUGUCAGUGUUUUUAUUACCUAUGCGGAUUUGUGAUACUUUGGAAAAAUUAUACAAUCGAUACUGGUGGGGCGGUGGAGGUUUGAAUAGAAGAGAGAUUCAUUGGCUGAGCUGGGGACAAAUGUGUACACCAAAAUCAAAAGGUGGUCUUGGAUUCAAGAAGCUACAUGAAUUCAAUAUCGCCCUACUGGCUAAACAAGGGUGGCGUCUAUUGAUUCACCCUGAGUCUCUUGUCAGUCGUCUUCUGAAGGCACGUUAUUAUCCCACGACAGAUUUUAUGGGCGCGCCAUUAGGGAAUAAUCCGAGUUUUAUUUCGCGUAGUAUCCAUGCGGGAAAGAAGGUUUUAGAACUGGGCAUUGGCCGACGUGUUGGGGAUGGUCGCGACACGAAGAUUUGGGGAUGGGAUUGGUUAACAGGUUCCUCGCGUGUACAGUUGCGUACCCCCUGCGUGGAACAACUACAGGAGGCACAGGUACAUGGGUUGUUAAAUGAUCGUGGAUGCUGGGAUGUGGAUAUAUUAAGGGAUAUUUUUAUUGAGGAGGAUGUGCCCAGAAUCUUGGCGACUCCGGUGAACACCCAAUUACGUGACGAGUGGCGCUGGAUUGGGGAUAUUCGCGGAUGCUACACAGUCCGCAAUGGAUACCGUUUGCUAACAGAGAUGGCGGCCCCAUAUGAUAUCACUGACGGCUUUCAUGCUUGGAAGACGCUAUGGGCAUUGCCAAUCCCCCCGAAGGUAAAAAAUCUUCUUUGGCGUUGUGCUCGUAACAUUUUGCCGGUCCGUGAUAAUUUACGUUCUAAGAACGUCUGGAUAGGAGGAGGAUGCCCGAUGUGUGGUUACACAAUUGAAUCUCAAAUCCAUAUUUUUUGCCAGUGUGCGUUUGCCGAGCUUGCAUGGGGUGUCCACGAUGUUCUACAGGGACGGGAGUUUCUUGGCUUUCCGUUGCAAAUGAUUAGCAAUGCAAAUGUGGAGGUGGCAGUGCAUACGGCAGCUGUGGUCUGGACGAUUUGGACAACUCGAAACGAGAUAGUGUGGAACGAUAAGCAACCGCCGGGAGUUGAGGUUCGAGAGCAGAUCUCACGAUUGCAGGCGGGUUGGAAGGAAGCCUAUCUUCGUCAUUCGACUGGCUCCGCACUACUAGACACCUGGAUCCCGCCACCACGAUACACCAUUAAGUGCAACGUAGAUGCUGCAAUGGUCAGAGAAGGCGCGAGUUAUGGAGUCGUCGUACGUAACCAUGAACGGCAAUUUGUCGCGACAAAGAGCGGGCGGCUGGACAAUGUGGACGAUCCUUACAUGGCUGAAGCAUUAGGAGUCCGGGAAGCGUUAACGUGGUUGAAGACUCAAAAUCAUAGUAACAUUAUUAUAGAGUCUGAUUGUUUAAAUUUUUGUACCGCUUUUAAUUCUUGUAAUUUCGAUUUUUCGUAUGUUGGUCUAAUAGUAAAGCAAUGUGUGUCGAUUGCUAGGGUUAUGGGGAAUGUUCGGGUUUCCCAUGUCAUGAGGUCAGCGAACCGUGUGGCUCAUGCGUUAGCUCGGGCGACCGUUUCUUUGUCUGCCUCCGGGGUAUGGUUUGAUAUCCCACCGACUUGUAUUUCGAAUGUUCUAAAUCAGUAA